UCUGUUGUUCGUGUUGGAAGAAGAGAAUCAAAAUGUCUGCACCUUCUACACCGAGAGGAAGAAAGCGCUCUAGAGGAAGCCCUCCGCCAUCUGAUGCUUCUACAACCAGUACGCGUAGUACUCGCAGCAACCGCAGGGGCUCAAGGGCAACAUCUCCAACAGCUGCUCCUGCAGUGUCACCCCCAUCUCAACGACGACGAGUAGAUGAACCGUCAUCCCCUCUCCCAUUAGCACCUACCUCACCAUCUGAGGGGCAGCCUGAUCCUGAUCAAUCUGGACUGUUCUCAUCACCUCAAACCAGAGGAGGGCUGGAGACAAGUGAAAUUGACCUUAGCUCACCUCUUAACUAUGCUACGCCAAGUUCAAGAGCUGGUGGUACCCCAGCUGGUAGUCUAGCUGGUACACCAAUCCGACAUCGUAGUGAUAUUCGCAGUGACAGGCGAUUGCGUCAAGUUAAUCUGGGAGAAAAUCAACCACCGUCUGAUACCACUGAUCAGCCAACUGGACCUACUAGUGAUGUUGCCACAGCUCCUGCAUUGGUCAUCUGGGGAACAGAUGUUGUUGUGAGUGACACUAAGGAGAAAUUCAGAAAAUUUGUCUGUGACUUUGUUGACGAAGAUGCUGAGGAUAUGGGCGAGGGAUUUGAUCCCCUUUUGCCAGUCUACUUGCAACGCCUUGAUGAGAUCCAUGUAUUGGAGACACCUUUCUUGAACAUUGAUUGUGGUCAUCUGAAGACAUUUGAUGCUGAUUUAUACAGGCAAUUGAUCUGUUAUCCGCAAGAAGUGAUUCCUACCUUUGAUAUGGCUGUGAAUGAGGUGUUCUUUGAAAAAUACCCUGAUGCCCAGUUGCAACAUCAAAUCCAGGUCAGAACUUUUAAUGUUGACAAAACCAAGAAUAUGAGGUCACUUAACCCUGAAGACAUUGAUACACUGAUUACAAUCAGUGGAAUGGUGAUAAGGACAUCUCAGGUGAUACCAGAGAUGAGGGAAGCUUUCUUCCAGUGUUAUGUUUGCCAUGCAUCAGUAUCAGUGGAAAUUGAUCGAGGUCGCAUUGCUGAACCUGCCUUAUGUCGUAAUUGUAACACAAACCACAGUAUGGUCCUGAUUCAUAACAGAUCACAGUAUACUGACAAACAAAUCACCAAGCUACAGGAAUCCCCUGAUGACAUGCCCCCAGGACAGACUCCACAUACUAUCAUGUUGUUCUCCCACAAUGACCUGGUGGAUGCAGUACAGCCUGGAGACAGGGUCACAGUGACAGGAAUUUACAGAGCCACCCCUAUGCGUGUGAAUCCACGUCAAAGAAAUGUGAAAGCUGUUUACAAGACAUACAUUGAUGUGAUCCAUUUCAAGAAAACAGACAAGAAAAGGCUUUAUUCUAAAGACCCUGAUGGAGUUGUUACAUUUUCACAAGAGAGAGUAGAGCAAUUACAGCAGUUGUCCAAACAACCUGAUAUUUAUGAGAGACUUGCCAAGGCCCUUGCCCCAAGCAUUUAUGAAAAUGAAGAUAUCAAAAAGGGAAUUCUCUGUCAGUUGUUUGGAGGAGCAAACAAAGAUUUUGCUGACACUGGGAGAGGAAAGUUCAGAUCAGAGGUCAACAUUCUCCUUUGUGGCGAUCCUGGAACAAGCAAGUCUCAGUUGUUACAGUAUGUGCAUAACCUUGUUCCUCGUGGUCAGUACACUUCUGGGAAGGGUUCUUCAGCUGUGGGUUUGACUGCGUAUGUCACUAGAGACCCAGAGACAAGACAACUGGUACUACAGACGGGUGCUCUAGUGUUGAGUGACAAUGGCAUCUGCUGUAUUGAUGAGUUUGACAAGAUGAAUGACAGCACCAGAGCUGUCCUUCAUGAAGUCAUGGAACAACAAACUUUGUCAAUAGCUAAGGCUGGCAUCAUAUGUCAGUUGAAUGCAAGGACAUCAAUCCUGGCUGCUGCUAAUCCAGUUAAAUCACAGUGGGAUCCCAAGAUGACAACAGUUGAAAACAUUCAGCUACCUCAUACUCUCCUGUCAAGAUUUGAUCUGAUCUUCCUGAUGCUUGAUCCUCAAGAUGAGUUGUAUGAUCGUCGACUGGCCACUCACCUGGUGUCCCUGUACCAUCAGACACAGGAGGAGGAGGAGGAAGAAUACCUUGACAUGAGUAUACUUAAAGACUACAUAGCAUAUGCUCGUUCCUAUGUGAAUCCUAAACUGAGUGAGGAAGCAGCUCAAUACCUCAUCCAGGCUUAUGUGGAGAUGCGUCAGGUUGGUAGCAGUCGUGGUGCAGUAACUGCUUAUCCUCGUCAGCUGGAGUCACUGAUUCGCCUUGCUGAAGCUCACGCCAGGAUGAGGCUUUCAUCCAAAGUUGAAAAUGUUGAUGUGGAAGAAGCCAGAAGACUGCACCGUGAAGCUUUGAAACAGUCUGCCACUGACCCCAAGACAGGGCUGAUAGAUGUCAACAUUCUUACAACUGGCUUGAGUGUGUCUGACAGGAAACGACGCCUUGAAAUUGCAAAGGCUCUGAAAGAAUUGUUACAGAGCAAAGGCAAAACACCCACGGUCAAAUAUCAGCAGACUUAUGAGGAAUUGAGGGAAGCUUCUGAUUUGCCAAUAUCCCGAGAACAAUUUGAUGAUGCACUGAAGAUCUUGCGAGAUGAAGAUUUCCUAAUUGUCACUGGAAGAACUGCCAUUCGUUUGAUGUAAUACAAACUCUUUUAUUCCUGUUGGUUUCAAAAUGCUUUGAAAACAGAAUGUAAAUGUAUAUAUUAAAUUUGUUAUGCAUUGUUUUGUGAAAGAAAAUAGCAGGAGUUGCAUUGUUUUAUAUGGCAUGCCAUAGCAUUAUGUCACUUGAAAGAACGUAUCUCCUGUGAAACUACACAAGGGCUCCUUAAAUUGCUGCUUUAACAAACUAAUUACUGUAUCUAAGCCUCUUGUAUGAGGGAUAUUUAGAAAAGUAUUCUCAUUGUGAAUUUAUGUCACUUGUUUCUUGAAAGAUAAAAACUCCACUUUUCAA